AGAGACCAGACGCUUUGAUUUGUCUCUUUAAGCCUCAUCUUUAAUGUUUACGACACGGUGAAGUGGGUGGGGUAAGCUUAUAGAGGUCACAACAGCAGAAACCGCUUCGAUCACAUGACAGACUUAAUCUGUGCGCAGAGAUGUCGCACAAAAUUGUUAAUUUGAGAGUGAGGGACGUGAGGUUCCCGACGUCCCUGGAGCAGCACGGCUCAGACGCGAUGCACACCGACCCGGACUACUCGGCCGCCUAUGUGGUCCUCGACACGGACAGCGGCCUCAAAGGUUUCGGCCUCACGUUCACGUUGGGAAAAGGCACCGAGAUCGUGCUGUGUGCUGUCAAGGCCCUUGCAGGACUAGUUAUCGGCAAAUCUUUGCAGGAGAUUGUGAGCAACUUCCGUGGAUUUUACCGCCUCCUGACCAGUGAUGGCCAGAUGAGAUGGUUAGGCCCAGAGAAAGGAGUGAUCCACCUGGCCACUGCUGCAGUCCUGAAUGCUGUGUGGGACCUCUGGGCAAGGGCUGAAGGCAAGCCGCUGUGGAAGCUGCUCGUGGACAUGGACCCGAAGCAGAUUGUGUCGUGCAUUGACUUCAGAUACAUCACUGAUGUGCUUACAGAGGAAGAAGCUCUGGACAUACUUGUGAAAGCACAGGAGGGCAAGAAGCAGAGAGAGGAUCAGAUGCUGAAAGAGGGUUAUCCUGCAUAUACCACCUCCUGUGCUUGGCUCGGAUACUCAGACCAGCAGCUCAAGCAGCUCUGCUCAGAUGCUCUUAAAAGCGGAUGGACCAGAUUUAAGGUGAAGGUUGGUGCCGAUCUAGAGGACGACAUACGCCGGUGCCGCCUCAUAAGGCAAAUGAUUGGACCCAGCAGCACAUUGAUGAUCGACGCCAACCAGAGAUGGGACGUAGCCGAGGCCAUAAGUUGGGUGUCCAGACUAGCUGAGGUCAAACCCCUUUGGAUCGAGGAGCCCACGUCUCCAGAUGACAUCCUGGGUCAUGCUGCUAUUUCAAAGGCUUUGGCUCCACUGGGGAUUGGAGUGGCAACAGGCGAGCAGUGUCACAACAGGGUGAUGUUUAAGCAGUUCCUGCAGGCCUCUGCACUGCAGUUUGUCCAGAUAGACAGCUGUAGGCUGGGCAGUGUCAACGAGAACCUGGCUGUGCUGCUGAUGGCUUACAAGUUCCAAGUGCCUGUAUGUCCUCAUGCCGGUGGAGUCGGGCUCUGUGAGCUCGUCCAGCAUCUGAUUCUGUUUGAUUACAUCUGCGUGUCUGCGGAUCUUACCAACCGAAUGUGUGAAUAUGUGGACCACCUCCACGAGCACUUCACUAGUCCUGUAGUGAUUCAAGACGCCCACUACAUGCCACCGAAGGAUCCAGGCUAUUCUUGUGAGAUGCUGGAGGAAUCUGUGAACCGACAUGAGUACCCUGAAGGAGACAUAUGGAAACAGGAAAUAAAGAAAUAGGGACUAUAUUUUAAACAUGGAGGGAAAAAAACAUUCCUCUGAAAUUGUCACGUAAAAAGACUGGACUGAAAAUGUCAAAAUGUCCAAAGAAAAACUUUGAAAGUCUUUCAGAAAGCCUGGGGAACUGAAAUUAACUUUACCAAGUCUGGUUCUCCAGACUUUUCCUGUUAAAUCAAAUAUUUUUCUUCUCACUGAUCAAAGUGCCAAGUUUUAGUGACUCAUUUGAUUUUUUUAAUACUCUUUGGUCUUUUCUUUAUAAUGUAAAGUGCUGUGAGAAAACUGCUGCUGUGAAAUAGAACUAUAUCAAUGAAACUUGAAAAAUUACAAGCCAAGCUGUAAACCUUGUAUUAAGUCAUCUUUCCUUCAUAAGCACUUGUCAUGUAAAUCCUCUAAAUUCUGUCUUCUGGAGAAUUUCCCUGCCAUGCAGUGCUUUGCAGCUCAGUUCACACCAUCAAAAUGAAUUUUUUUUUUUCCAUUUCAUUUUUCUGUUAUUCCCAUUUAAGUACUUUGUGCUUGUGACUGGCCUGCACUGAGAAAUCCACCCCAGAGGUUUUGGUUGAGUUGAAAGUAUAACUUUGGAGGUAAUCCCAAGAAUCGAGGCAUGGGUCAUCAGGGUCACAUGAACCAAGGUUAGAUCACCACCAGGGUGACAACCCCAUUAGCAGUCAAAUACCCGAGACUCCUCAUCAGCACCGACCACUGAACAAGCUUCUAGGAUGAAGUCCUGUUGCCUUCAAAUCCAGACAGCCACGACCUGGAAAUGUUUGUUCAUUUGCAUUUUUUUUUUUGCAAUCACAUUUUUAUUUAUGAAAUGAUCAGAAAUGAGGAAGAUGCAUUUCUGCCUAGUGAUUCAACACACGCGGUUUCUUUCUGUAAGUGGUUUGUGCUUAGAAAACAAAAACAAAAACUGAGCAGCAGAAACCUAUUAACAAGAUAUAUGAAGGCUGCUACCCUGUUUAAGCCAAAUAGUUCAUGGGUGUACAACUCCAGUUCAUCAGUUAGCAUGUAGGAAGUUGCAAAUACAUGAAAUUAAAGACUUAUGGACAAA